UCACCCUCCUGCAGUCAGCAGCAAGUCGCUAUGGAGGCUACAGCUCUCUGCUUCAGGCUCUUGAUGCUUGAAUUCCUGCUGGAGAUGCACAUUCAGUCAGGUUAUACUCGCAGAACUGGUGCAGCUCUGCUUCGAGUCGAUCCAAACAGGCUUCAGCACUUUGAAUACAAGUCUUUGUCUUUUCACUGCGAUGGAUUCGAUGGUUCCAUUAAACUGAGAGGAACCAGGAACACUGAGGAGUUUCCUCCAGUAUGUGAAGUCAUAAAGACGUCUUGCACAAUUUCUAAAACUUAUCCAACAGACAUGGGAGAGUACUGGUGUGAGUCUGAAGCUGGAAAGAGAAGCAACAGCGUCAACAUCACCAUCACUGCUGGUCCUGUGAUCCUGGACAGUCCUGCGCUUCCUUUGUUGGAGGGAGACGUGACUCUGAGCUGCAUGAGCAGAAAGACUUCCACCAAGCAAGCGGCAGAUUUCUACAAAGACGGCGUCCUCGUCAGAGGGAGUCCUUCAGAGCAGGUGACGGUUCACAACGUCUCCAAGUCUGACGAAGGACUUUACAAGUGCAGCAUCACCGGCGUUGGAACGUCACCAGAAAGCUUCCUGGCUGUCGGAGCGAAUACCGUUUCUACAACCUCUCCACCAGCGUAUGAUGAACCUGAAUAUCCUCGUGACCUCGUCGUGAUGUUGGUUCCUCUGAUGGUUCUGCUGCUGCUGCUGCUGGUCGCAUUAAUUUACAUCAGGAGACGCAUAGCUUCCUCAAAGACGCCAACAGCAGCAUCAAACUCGGGCGAAGCAGCUUCAGCAGCCUCUGGAGGUGAAGCUGAAGACGAUGUGAACAGUUUGACUUACGCUGUGGUCACAAAGAAGAGACCAGACAAAGGUGCAGACGAGUCCUCGGUUCAGCCCCUUUACUCCACUGUGAUGGAGACACGAUGUCCUGCAGAAUCUGGAUCAUCAGGCUCCACGUUGGCCUUAAAUCCCAGGGCAGCCAAAGAGUCAAGUUUACCAGAGCCGGAAAUCGUCUAUUCUGUCAUCCAGAUGUAAAUGAAGAGCAGAGAAACCUGACUGAAGGACGGAGGCGAGACUGAUUAAAGCCGAGCUGGAUGAGAGAAGAAACAAAUGAGCUUUGAGCUGAAAUAUUGUUUAUUUUUGACAGUUUGUUUUCAACCAUCAUAGCGCUGUAUAGAUAAUUAAUGGAUGGAUGGAUCCUCCCAACAUGUUUAACAUACAGGAACUAACAACCUGCUGAAAGAAACAACCAUCACCACAAAAUGUCAACUCAUUUCUUUUCAAAGCAUUUUUUAGUUUUGUAAAGAAAAACAAUGAUAGAAUGAAAACACCUACUUUU